AUGAGCUACCAAAUCCAGCCCCAACACCGUCGACAUCGCUCCCCAACGGCGCAGCUCAGACAUUCCUGCGACGCCUGCAACAUCGCCAAGGUCAAGUGCUCCAAGACAAGACCCAGAUGUGCGCGCUGCGAGGCCCGCAACGGAGACUGUGUAUACAGCGUUUCCUUACGCUCCGCAAAGGGAAGAGCGGAGAGUUCCAGGAACGUGGGGAGCAGCAACUUCAAUGAAGAUCGCAGCGAUGGCUCUCAACCCACCGUGCCCCCUACCCCAAUGAUGUUUCCGACCUCAAUCGUGCCCCAUCCCAUGAUGCCGCCUCUGCCCGAAACAGCCUUCGACGCCUCCAUCAUUGACGGAUGGGCCACAAACUUUUCCGACGUCGGCGAUCAGCCCAACUUCGCUGACACUGGUGAAGCUGAUGACCCAAUGAUGAUUCUGUCCCACGUUUACGCAGAGAACGGCAUCAGUCCAGGCCAUGGAGACCAGCUUUUCCCAGACCAGCGCUAUAAGAACCGUCCUACAGGUCUCGACUCAACCUACACCCAUCAAUCCAACUAUAACUCACCGCCAUCCGGCCAGAUGUGCUCCUGUCACCAAAGAAUCCUCGCUAAAUUGUCCGAGUGCUGGCUCUCGAGCCGCGACUCCCACAACCCCUUCGAUAAAUCCCUCUCCGAGAACAAAAACAUCAUUGCGCUUUGCACAUCGACGCUGAACUGCCCCAACCGAUCUCACACGGACGACACCAUCCUCAUGCUUACAAUCAUUGCCCUCAUCAACCAAAUGAUCACCAUCUACGACAUCCCUCUCCCCAACAGCUAUGGCAAAAAUGUCCCCGGCUCCGACGACUCCCCCACAGACUCCCUCAGCGCGGCCUCCACCCCUAGCAACCCAUCGAGCGCCAACCGCGAGCUCCAGUCGCAACUGCUACCCCCGCCACAGCGCGUCCGUCUGAGCCUAGGCUCCUACCAGCUCGACCAGCGCGACGAGCAAAUCUUGAAGGCCAGUUUGCUGCGCAUCGAGCUUGGUAAAAUUGGCACCCUGAUCGAGCUGUUUGAGAGGCGAUUCUGCUCUCCCCACGAUUGGGGCAGCGGCAAUGGUCAAGGCGGCCGCGGCGAGCCGAAGCCUUUUGGCGAAUUGGUCACGUAUCUGAGAAAAAGGCUGAGGGUGAACCACGAGGCACUGAGAUCGUGA